GGAGCCACCUGGCAAAGAGCGAGCUGAUAAAAAAAUUACUUCGCAGUAUGCAUAUCGCCACUAUCACAUUCGGCCUUUGCAACAGCCGCACGCGUCCGAGUUGCGCUGAUUUGCAGGCUGCUUAAACGCCUCUGUUCAGUUCAGUAGUGUUUACGAGAUGUCAAGCUCAGAAUACACUCUGACUGGUUUCAGCGACUUCUUGGAGCACCGAAGCGUCACCUUCGUCAAUCCUCUACCGAACAUUCGAGUCUGCGGCGUCUGCGGCAUCGUGCCUGCCCGCACGCUACUCCUGUCUUGCGGCCAGGUUUUCUGCGAGCCAUGCAGGGCGCAGAUUAAAGGACGGGAACUGUGCCCUUUCCACGACGAAGAUUGCCUCGAGGCUGACGUCGUGGUGCUGGACUUCAAGUUGUCUCAGCUGGAUAAGCACGUCGUUUUGUGCCCCAGCGGUGAGAAUUGCGCCUUCACCGGCCCAGCGUCCGCGCUUAAGGAGCACCUCGUCAACUGCUCCAGCGAAAAGGUCAAGUGUCCGAAGUGUAGUCAGCCCGUCAUUCGCAACGUCGCCGUCGAUCACAGACGACGCUGCUCACGAGCCGCUGAUCCAGGACAGGAGGCGAGUAAAGCGGAGACAGACAGUGACGUCAUCCCAGAACUGCAAGACAUCAGGAUGGGUCUCAAAAGGCUACUGGAUCGUGAGCUCAACGACGAACUUGACAAAGACUAUGUGGUAAACAACGUCAACUUACUGGUGAAGCGGCUGGCCCUUCUUGAACGCGACUGCAAAAAAGUUCAACGACAUCCGGUGGGCCGCAGCCAAAAGGGCAAGUCGGCCUCGACCAUGAAACGGCCGCCGUUAGCCGCAACACCUUACCGUGCCGCUUCCAGCCCGAACGUUUUCGUAUCUGUGUGCUCUUUCGACGUUUACGAGAAGGUGGAAUCGCUGAAGAAAAACGGAAAUGACAGCAUAAUGCAUGCUCCGUCCAUACUAGGUGGUUACUUCUUUCAGCUUGAGUGCGUUUUUAAUAAGGACAAGAACGGACGAGUUACCGUGGCCUUUGCGUUUUCACUCGGCGAAGGCAAAUUGGACGGCCGCUUGUUUUGGCCAUUUUCUAGUGAAGUAGCCGUCAUCCUCUCACACCCAACUGAUUCCGAGAGAGACAUCCGGCUACCUGUGAGCCUGCCUGAUCACGAGAUGGCGAAGAAGCCGGCGCCAGGCACUUGGAAUGAAGGGAACACUACCGAGAAAGUUUCCUGGAAAGACGUUGCAUUCAAUGGAUUUGUGGAUGGUGGCAGCAUAUACGUGAAUGUGGAGCUCGCUUAGGAAUCCCGUUCAUUCGCCCUGUUUAUGGUCUCAUCAUUUAAUUAUAUUUCAAUUGUUUUUAAGCUACGAAAAAAAACAGGGCUUUAUAUCUAAUGCAUCAUCUCGAAAGUGAAGUUCGCGGCGCCGUGCAGGAUCACAGCUUUCCCAGAAAUAUAGAAAAAGCUAGCGUAGGGAGGAAGCUUUUUCCUAUUGACUGAACAGCACAGAUGCUGCAUUUGCUACGCAAUUCGUUUGCAAUGCACGUAUCGGCGUCUACAAGGGUGUAUUUUCUAUAGAUAUAUAGUU